AUGAAUAAUUUAAAUAACAUCAAUUUUAACGAACUCUCUUCAAUUGAUUAAGAGUAUUUCAGAUGCAUCAACUUCGUAGAAAAGGCCUAAUCUGCAGAGAAUAAGAAAAAACCUAUUUCUAUGGAUUCAUUUUACCUUUUGAGUAUAAUUGGAAAAGGAUCUUACGCUAAAGUUUCUUUAGUCAGAAAGAAAGAUGAUAAUCAAGUUUACGCAUUAAAAGCUAUUAAAAAAUCUUUGAUUGAAGCAAAGAAUUAAAAAGAGCACAUCAUUACUGAAAGAAAUAUUCUGCAAACAGUCAACAAUUAAUAUAUUGUUAAAAUGAAAUAUGCAUUUUAAGAUAAGCAAAAACUUUUCUUUGUACUUGAAUACUGUGGUGGAGGAGAACUCUAUUCCCUUCUUUCUUCUAAAAAAUAUCUCAAUGAAUAACAGACUAAAUUUUAUGCUGCCUAGUUGGUAAAAGCUAUAGAGUAUCUUCAUAGUCACAAUAUUAUAUACAGAGAUUUGAAACCUGAAAAUAUACUGAUUGAUAAGGAUGGAUACAUUAAAUUAACUGAUUUUGGCUUAUCUAAAAUGGAUAUUAAGCAUAAUACAGAAGCUACUUCAUUGUGUGGUACUCCUGAGUAUCUUGCUCCUGAAAUCUUAGAAUAAAGCGGACAUGGUAAGCCAGUAGAUUGGUGGACUCUGGGAAAUAUAAUUUGGGAAAUGAUGACUGGUCUUCCUCCUUUUUAUAAUGAAAAUAGAAAGGAAAUGUUCCAUCACAUUAAAGAAUUACCACUUAAAAAUCACCCCAGAAUUCAAGGAGAUUUAAAAAAUCUUUUACACAGUUUAUUAGAAAAAGACCCUAAUAAGCGUUUGGGAACUAUCGAUGGAGCCAAAGAAAUAAUAGAUCAUCCUUGGUUCAAAGAUUUAAGAUGGGAUUAACUUGAAUAAAGAAAAAUCAAUCCUCCCUUUGUACCAAAUUUAGAAACUGAUAUUGACUUAAAAUAUAUUGAUUAUGAAUUCAAAGAAAUGCCUAUUUACUCUGUUGAUAACAAUAAUUCUUCAAUGCAUUCAGGCAACUUUAAUUAAUAUGAUAAUUUUACAGUCUAAUCAGUUUAGUCUGUUUAGUCAUUAGCUUCAAAGCUCUCUCCUGAAGUUAACGACAGCUAAAUGGAUGUAGAAAAUUCUUAUGAAUAAAUUUAGGGUAUGAAUCACAAUUGA